ACAACUAUAUAGUCGGGCAGCUAAACGUUUGACAGAUCAGUUUGCUAAAUAAGAUGAAGUCGGUCACUUUCGUACUCUGCCUGCUUGUGCUGGGCGCCCACUCGCUUCUCGUUUUCGCCGUGGACUGCGAGAUUAGUGGCCAAAAACUAAAAACCGGAGAGACAUACAGCCCGGAGGGUCGUUGUAUCCAGUACACCUGCCGGGGACAUAAAAGUCUGUCGGCCUUGGCAUGCCCAGCUUUGGCGUCUUUAAAGCCCUGUAAACUGGAGGAGGACCUGACCAAGCCAUAUCCCGGUUGCUGUCCAAAGUUUAAUUGCUAAGAACUGUUCCAAAAAGAACGUACGGCUCUGGAAGUUGAUAAGACAAACUAAAAAUUCACAUUUUAUGCAUAUUAAAGACUAAUAUAUUUCUUCAAAUAAUAUCAAUAAAGUUGAUAUUGUUAAUCAAUGUAACUUAAAUCAAA